CCCCCCCCCAAAUUGUGAUUCUCAAAUCCCUAAUUUACAGAUUGAAAGAGUUUCGAAAUUCAAUUGUUACAAUUAAUUCUAUAUAUUUGUUAACCGCAAAUUUUAAAUUUGAAAGCAGAAAUUCGAGUUACUAUCUUUAGUUCGUGUUCAGUUUUGCUCAAAAGAUUACAAUCAUGGGGAAGAAGAGAGCUGUCAAGUACUUUGUGGUCGAUGCUUUCACUGAUUCGGCUUUCAAAGGAAAUGCAGCGGCUGUUUGUUUCCUAAACGACGACGACGACAUAGACGAUGCCUGGGUUCAGUCUCUCGCUGCCGAAUUCAAUAUCUCCUUUACUUGUUUCCUUACUCCGAUCACUGGCUUCGAAGCACGCUUGAAACAAGCUUGA